AUGGGAAAUUGCUGUGCUACCCCUGCUGUAAAAGGCGAAGACACAACCAACAAAAAAACCAAAAAGCCUAAAAAGGAAAAUCCCUUCGCCAUCGAUUACGGUUUCAACAGCAACAAAACCUCAAGCUCAAAACUCACCGUUUUGAAGGAUCCAACCGGCCGCGAAAUCGAGACACGUUACGAGCUUGGUCGUGAACUCGGUCGAGGUGAAUUUGGCGUAACUUAUCUUUGUACAGACAAGGAAACCAGAGAGGAGCUAGCGUGCAAGUCGAUUUCGAAGAAGAAGCUUAGAACUGCUAUUGAUAUUGAAGAUGUUAGGAGAGAAGUUGAAAUCAUGAAGCAUAUGCCGCCGCAUAAUAAUAUUGUUACGUUGAAAGAUACUUAUGAAGAUGAUAAUGCUGUGCAUCUUGUUAUGGAGCUUUGUGAAGGUGGAGAGCUUUUUGAUCGGAUUGUUGCCAGGGGUCAUUAUACUGAACGCGCCGCCGCGGCUGUUACCAAAACUAUCGUUGAAGUUGUUCAGAUGUGCCAUAAACAUGGUGUGAUGCAUAGAGAUCUCAAGCCGGAGAAUUUUUUGUUUGCGAAUAAGAAGGAAACCGCAGCUUUGAAAGCUAUAGAUUUUGGUUUGUCGGUGUUUUUUAAACCAGGUGAAAGAUUUAAUGAGAUAGUUGGAAGUCCAUAUUACAUGGCUCCGGAGGUAUUGAAGAGAAAUUAUGGCCCAGAAGUAGAUAUUUGGAGUGCUGGAGUUAUUCUAUACAUCUUACUUUGUGGUGUGCCUCCAUUUUGGGCAGAAACUGAGCAAGGAGUUGCACAAGCAAUUAUACGAUCUGUUGUUGAUUUCAAAAGGGACCCAUGGCCUAAAGUUUCUGAUAAUGCGAAAGAUCUUGUAAAGAAGAUGCUAAAUCCUGAUCCAAAACGGCGACUUACAGCACAAGAAGUGUUAGACCAUCCGUGGUUAAUAAAUGCAAAGAAAGCACCCAACGUUUCGUUAGGAGAAACAGUUAGAGCAAGACUAAAGCAGUUUUCCGUAAUGAACAAGCUCAAGAAAAGAGCUUUGAGGGUUAUUGCCGAGCAUUUGUCGGUAGAAGAAGCAGCGGGACUAAAAGAGGGAUUCAAGCUUAUGGAUACAAGCAACACAGGCAAAAUCAACAUUGAUGAACUACGGAUAGGUUUGCAUAAACUAGGCCAUCAAAUUCCAGAUGCUGACGUCCAAAUUCUUAUGGAAGCUGGUGAUGUAGACAGGGACGGGUACCUAGAUUAUGGGGAGUAUGUUGCGAUUUCAGUUCAUUUGAGAAAGAUGGGAAAUGAUGAACAUCUUCACAAAGCCUUUGAAUUCUUUGAUCAGAACCAAACUGGGUAUAUUGAGAUUGAGGAGCUUCGCAAUGCAUUAUCCGAUGAAAUUGAAGAAACAAACAGUGAAGAGGUCAUUAGUGCAAUUAUGCAUGAUGUGGACACGGAUAAGGACGGAAAGAUAAGUUACGAAGAAUUCGCGAACAUGAUGAAGGCCGGGACAGAUUGGAGAAAGGCAUCAAGGCAGUAUUCGCGAGAGAGGUUCAACAGUCUGAGCCUGAAAUUGAUGAAGGACGGGUCAUUACAAUUAAACAACGAAAAACAAUGA